UCUCCAGUAGUUAAAAUGGUCAUAGUUACGGUGGUUAUUGCCCUUGCAGCCAUGAACCAAUGGAAUCUCUAUCAAAUGGAUGUCUAUCAUGCUUUCCUUCAAGGUGAUCUUGAAGAAGAAGUUUAUAUGCAACUUCCACCAAGUUUUGGUAGUCAAAGGGGAAACAAGGCAUGUAGACUACACAAAUCCUUAUAUGGACUUAAACAUGCUUCAAGACAGUGGAAUCUAAAGCUCACUGAGGCACUGAUUACUGCAGGCUUUACUCAGAGCAAACAUGACCAUUCUUUGUUCACUUUGAGAAAGAAUGCUAAGCUUGUCAUCAUCCUUGUUUAUGUUGAUGAUCUCCUUAUCACAGGUGAUGAUGCUGAUAUGAUUCAAGAAGCUAAAACAAUCCUUCAUAAGGCAUUCAGAAUCAAGGACUUAGGUAUUUUGAAAUACUUCUUGGGAAUUGAAGUCAGCAGAUCCCAAAAGGGUAUAUUAUUGUGUCAAAGAAAGUAUAUGGUGGAACUAAUUGCAGAAUUGGGCUUGGCAGGGUCCAAACCUGCAAUCACUCCAAUGGAGCAGAACAGAAAGUUGACAACAAUGGAAUAUGAUACACAUUGCAACUUGAAGGAUGAUCCAACACUCACAGAUGUCAAAGGAUAUCAAAAGCUCAUAGGGAAGCUUUUGUACUUGACAUUAACUAGGCCUGAUAUAGCCUAUACAGUACAGACUUUAAGCCAAUUCAUGCAGGCUCCUAAGAAGUCACACUUAGAGGUAGCACAUAGAUUAGUAAGAUACCUGAAGAAUGAGCCAGGAUUGGGCAUUCUAAUGAGUGCAGACGGUGAUAUGACUCUAAGAGCAUACUGUGAUGCAGAUUGGGCAAGCUGUCCAAAUUCAAGAAAAUCAGUAACAGGUUACUUGGUGAAAUUUGGGAAGUCCUUAAUCUCAUGGAAGUCAAAAAAGCAAAGUACAGAAGUUCAGCAGCAAGAAGUUCAGCAGAAUCAGAGUAUAGGAGCAUGGCAUUAACAGUGUCAGAAUUAAUU